AUGUGGCCCAUCACCCCAGACCUGAAGCUCCUGACCUGUGUCAGCUCCUUCUGCCCGGGCACUGGUGAAGACUUGGCAGUUCUCACCACAUUGGGUGUCGAGAUCCUGGAGAACCAACCAGAGCCGCCUCGGGCACUGGUUAUAAAGUCCAUGCAGACCGCGGAACCCGGACGCCCAGAUCCGAGAUGGGGUUGGUGGCACCGCGCGCUGCUCCUGCUGCUGGCGGCCGCCCUGGCCCCGACCCAGACCCGCGCGGGCUCGCACUCGCUGCGGUAUUUCCGCACCAUUAUGUCCCGGCCCGGCCUCGGGGAGCCCCGGUUCAUCUCUGUCGGCUACGUGGACGACACGCAGUUCGUGCGCUUCGACAGCGACGCGGAGUAUCCAAGGAUGGAGCCGCGGGCGCCGUGGGUGGAGCGGGAGGAACCGGAUUAUUGGGAGAGGAACACACGGAUCGCCAAGAAUAAUGAGCAGGCUUUCAGAGUGAGCCUGAGGACCCUGCUCCGCUACUACAACCAGAGCGAGGGCGGCUCUCACACCUACCAGAGGAUGUACGGCUGUCACGUGGGGUCUGACGGGCGCCUCCUCCGCGGGUACAGUCAGGAAGCCUAUGAUGGUCGCGAUUACAUCACCCUGAACGAGGACCUAAGGACGUGGACGGCUGCGGACACCGCGGCGCAGAUCACCCGACGCAAGUGGGAGCAGGCUGGUGUUGCAGCAGAUGGAUGGAGGGCCUACCUGGAGGGCACGUGCGUGGAGUGGCUCCGCAGACACCUAGAGAACGGGAAGGACCAGCUGCUGCGCACAGAUCCCCCAAAGGCACAUGUGACCCAUCAUCCUGGAUCUAAAGGUGAUGUCACCCUGAGGUGCUGGGCCAUGGGCUUCUACCCUGCUGACAUCACCCUGACCUGGCAAAGGGAGAAGGAAGAACAGACUCAGGACAUGGAGCUGGUGGAGACCAGACCUUCUGGGGAUGGAACCUUCCAGAAGUGGGCAGCAGUGGUGGUGCCUUCUGGGGAGGAGCAGAAAUACACAUGCCAUGUGCGCCAUGAGGGGCUGCCUGAGCCCCUCACCCUGAGAUGGGAGCCUCCUCAGUCCACUGUCCCCAUCAUGGCAGUCAUUGCUGUUCUGGUUCUCCUUGGAGUUGUGACCAUCAUUACAGCUGUGGUGGUUGUGAGGAAGAGGAGGAGAAACACAGGUAGGAAAGGGCAGGGUCUGAGUUCUCUCUCAGCCCCUUUAGAAGUGUGCUCUGCCUCAUGGAAACACAUCACACCCUCCUCCCCAUUGCUCCUGGCUCUAACAUGGAUUUGCUGUCAGUUCCAGGAAAUUACUAGGAUCAGGCUCAUCCCUGGUCUCUCACAGGUUUUCUUCUCACAGGUGAAAAAAGAGGAAAGUAUGCUCCAGCUCCAGCUUGAAGACAGCUGCCUGGCAUGGACGGAGUGACAGACAAUGUGUUCAGCCCUCUCCUGUGACAUCCACGGUUGACUCUGCAACAGUGUCUGAUGUUCCCUGUGAUCCUAUGGGCUCAAUGUGAAGAACUGAGGAGCCCAGCCCAGCCCUGCACACCAGGACCCUGUCCCUGCACUGCCUGUGUUCCCUUCCAUGGCCAACCCUUCCUGUUC